AUGUCUUCGAGUAGACCGGAACUGAAGUUUUCUGAUUUAUCAGAAGAGCGAGGUUUCUAUAAAAGAUUUGCCAAUUUGCCGGAAAAACCCUCUCAGACGAUCAGAAUCGUGGACAAAGGCGAAUACUACACUGUAGUUGGAGAGGAUGCUUUAUUUGUCGCCGACAGUGUUUAUCAUACAAGUUCAGUUUUGAAAGAUUGCCGCAUAGAUCCAGGAACUGCCAAACAAAUCAAGGAACCUUUAAAAUACGUCACUAUUUCUCCUCAAGUCCUAUCAGGCUUGUUGAAGACAUGUUUGUUGGAACAAGGCUACAAAGUGGAAAUUUACGAUAAGUCCUGGAAGCUCUUACGGAGUGCAUCACCUGGUAAUAUCGAGCAAGUUGACGACUUGUUGAAUAUUUCAUUAGAAUCUUCUAUUGUACUUGCAAGCAUUAAGUUCCAGGCCAAUGCACAAGAGGGAAACUGUGUGUUAGGUGUCUCUUUCAUUGACAGUAACUCGCAUAAGAUAGGAAUGCUCGACAUAGUGGACAAUGAGGUUUUCUCUAACCUCGAAAGUUUCUUAAUCCAAAUGGGGGUUAAGGAAUGCUUACUGCCUGAUCAAAGGAGCAAUGAUAAUGUUGCCAAUGAGCUGAAAAAGAUGGUAGGUGUUAUUGAUAGAUGUGGCUGUGUUGCUACUUUCGUGAAAAAUUCUGAAUUUUCUCAUAAAGAUGUGGAGCAGGAUCUCGUUAAGUUGAUUGGAGAUGAACUUUCCAUGUCGUUGCAAAAGUUUUCCAAUCUUGCGCUAGGUUCUUGUAACGCACUAUUGGGAUAUCUUCAACUUUUGAAUGAUUCUUCUCAAUUGGGGACAUAUGAACUCAUAGAGCAUUCUUUAACAGAAUUCAUGAAGCUGGAUGCAUCUGCUCUUCGGGCACUUAAUAUCUUCCCCAGUAAUCCAAACUCCACUAUUAGCCCAUCAACUAACCAUAGCGUUGCAGGUGGAGGCGGGAAGAUCUCGAGCAUUUUUCAACUAUUGAAUAAGUGUAAAACCAAUGCAGGAGUGAGGCUACUAAACGAAUGGUUGAAGCAACCGUUAACCGAUGUGAGAGAAAUUGAGAAAAGGCAUGAUCUCGUCGAUUUUCUAAUCGACCAGCUCGAAUUGAGACAAAUUCUACACAAUGACUAUUUGCCAUUGGUGCCUGAUGUACGCCGCCUGACAAAGAAGCUCAAUAAAAACGGGAAACUCGAAGAUAUUCUGAAGAUAUACCAAUUUUCGAAAAAGGUUCCAGAAAUAUCUCACUUGCUUGACGAGUACUUAUCUAAUAUCGAAGAAACUGCACCCAUUAAAAAGCUUGUGAAAGAUACAUGGUAUGAACCACUCAACUCACAUAUUAUUCCUCUUCGUAAAUUCGAAGAAAUGGUUGAAACUACUGUCGAUUUGGAUGCCUACGAGGACACCAAUGAAUUUAUGAUAAAAAUUGAAUUUAAUGAAGAAUUGGCCCGCAUCAGAGGGGAACUCGAUGAUUUAAAAGACAACAUCAGAAGUAUUCACUUGGAUGCAGCAGACGACCUAGGUUUUGAUCCAGAGAAAAAGUUGAAGCUAGAGAACCAUCAUAUUCAUGGUUGGUGCAUGCGUUUAACAAGAAACGAUGCUAAAGCUCUACGCCAACAGAAAAAGUAUAUUGAGCUAUCCACGGUCAAAGCAGGAAUUUUCUUUAGCACUAAAGAAUUAAAGCAAAUUGCAGAACAAACUGCAUUGCUCCAAAAAGAAUACGAUAAGUUGCAAUCGGAUUUGGUAAGGGAAAUUGUGCAGAUCACGUUGACUUACACUCCAGUGUUGGAAAAGCUGUCUAUUGUUCUAGCAAAUCUUGAUGUACUUUGUUCAUUCGCGCAUGUAUCUUCCUAUGCUCCUAUUCCUUACGUGAGACCUCAAAUGCAUGGCCUGGGAACACAUAGGAAAACCGAGCUCAUAGGUUCACGUCACCCCGUUUUAGAGAUGCUUGAUGAUGUCACAUUCAUAUCAAAUGACGUUAAGAUGGAGAAAGGCGAAAGCGAGUUCUUGAUAAUUACCGGACCCAAUAUGGGUGGUAAGUCCACCUACAUCCGACAAGUUGGGGUUAUUUCUCUUUUGGCGCAGAUUGGAUGUUUUGUGCCCUGUGAUAAUGCCGAAAUUGCUGUUAUGGAUGCUAUAUUGUGCCGUGUGGGUGCAGGUGAUUCUCAAUUGAAGGGCGUUUCGACCUUCAUGGUAGAAAUGCUAGAGACAGCUUCUAUUUUGAAAAACGCUACUGAAAAUUCAUUAAUCAUAGUGGAUGAGCUGGGGAGAGGCACCAGCACAUACGAUGGGUUCGGACUUGCAUGGUCUAUUUCAGAGCAUAUCGCGAGUAAAAUUCAUUGUUUCGCGUUGUUCGCUACACAUUUCCACGAAUUAACGUCACUCGCGGACCAAAUACCAACAGUUAAGAACAUGCACGUUAUUGCACAUAUUCAGGACGUAGACAAGGUCUCUCACAGUGCAGACGACAUUACUCUACUAUAUAAGGUUGAGCCUGGCAUUUCUGAUCAAUCUUUUGGUAUUCACGUUGCUGAAGUGGUUCAGUUUCCCAGGAAAAUAGUCGCUAUGGCCAAACGCAAGGCAAACGAAUUGGAAGAGCUAAAAGAAGCCACCGAUUCUACUAAAAAACAUAAGGCAUCUGCCUCUGAAAUUGCUGAGGGAACUAAAGUUCUCAAGACACUUCUCAAGGAUUGGGCUCAGCAGAUCAGAUCUGAAGGAUUGGACUCCUCUGAGAUGCUUACCGAAGAAGCAAGCCAAGUAAAGAUCGCACAAAUACUAAACCAGUUGUCUGAAACAACUAAUGUCACUGACAACAAAUUUGUGAAGGAAAUUUCGGAACUCCUGUUGUGA